UCCUCGCUUCCGCACUAAUCAAGCUACCACCUUUGAUAAACACCACUGCUCCAUCCAUUAGCUACUAGCGCGGCGGUGGCAAUACCAGGGGAGCAGCUCAAGUGGUGUGCGGAGUGGUUGCUGCGGGUGCCACUUGUGCGGGGAGACGCCGGGACUGCCGGCGGCGGCGGCUAGGUGGUGGUCGAGGUGGUGCGCUGGUACGAGGGGAUUCGUGACAUCGGCAGGGGCGCAGGGGGAGAUGGAGAGCACCAUGAAGGGGGUACGGGGAGGCGGCGCGCCCUGCGUGCUGGACAUGGACGACGCGGCGACGGUGGGCGGUGGCGUCGAGGACACCUACGGCGAGGACCGCGCUACCGAGGAGCAGCUCGUCACACCCUGGACCGUCUCCGUCGCGAGCGGCUACAAUUUGCUGAGGGAUCCACGCUACAACAAGGGGCUUGCAUUCACAGAGAAGGAGCGCGAGACACACUACCUUCGUGGUCUUUUGCCACCAACAGUCAUAUCCCAGGAGCUCCAGGAGAGGAAGAUCAUGCAUAAUAUCCGCCAGUACCAGUUACCUCUGCAGCGCUACAUGGCUAUGAUGGACCUUCAGGAAGGGAAUGAGAGACUUUUCUACAAGCUCCUUAUUGACAAUGUUGAGGAGCUUCUCCCUAUUGUGUACACUCCAACUGUUGGUGAGGCGUGCCAAAAGUACGGUUCCAUAUUCAGCCGUCCUCAGGGUCUUUAUAUCAGCUUGAAAGAGAAGGGGAAGAUCCUUGAGGUGCUGAAGAACUGGCCAGAGAGGAGCAUUCAGGUUAUUGUUGUUACCGACGGUGAGCGCAUUUUGGGGCUUGGAGAUCUUGGGUGCCAGGGGAUGGGGAUUCCUGUUGGUAAGCUUUCCCUUUACACUGCUUUGGGAGGGGUUCGUCCAUCUGCUUGCUUGCCAAUCACAUUGGAUGUCGGCACAAAUAAUGAGCAACUUCUGAAUGAUGAGUUUUACAUUGGCUUGAGGCAAAGAAGGGCCACAGGCCAGGAUUAUGCUGAUUUUCUGCAUGAAUUUAUGUCUGCUGUGAAGCAAAAUUAUGGGGAGAAAGUUCUCAUUCAGUUCGAGGAUUUUGCAAACCAUAAUGCGUUCGAUCUCCUUGCAAGAUAUGGAACAACCCACCUCGUAUUUAAUGAUGAUAUUCAGGGAACAGCUUCUGUGGUCCUUGCGGGGCUUGUUGCAGCACUAAGAUUAGUUGGUGGUACAUUGGCCGAGCACACCUACCUGUUCCUGGGAGCUGGAGAGGCUGGAACAGGUAUUGCAGAACUUAUAGCUCUUGAAAUGUCAAGACAGACAGAAACCCCAAUAGAAGAAUGCCGCAAGAAAAUCUGGCUUGUCGACUCAAAGGGACUGAUUGUCAGUAAGCGAAAGGAGUCCCUUCAACACUUCAAGAAACCAUGGGCUCAUGAGCAUGAGCAUGUUGAUAACCUCUUAGAUGCGGUCAAUACUAUCAAACCAACAGUUCUGAUUGGCACAUCUGGAAAGGGGCAAACUUUCACACAGGAGGUUGUCGAAGCCAUUUCCUCAUUUAAUGAGAUGCCUAUCAUUCUUGCCUUGUCCAACCCAACAUCGCAGGCUGAGUGCACGGCUGAACAAGCCUAUACAUGGAGCAAGGGUCGAGCAGUGUUUGCAACUGGAAGCCCAUUUGAUCCAGUAGAAUACAAUGGCAAGAUACAUGUGCCUGGCCAGGCAAACAAUGCCUAUAUCUUCCCUGGGUUUGGCCUUGGUGUGGUGAUGUCUGGAGCAAUCCGCGUACAUGAUGACAUGCUUCUUGCAGCUUCGGAGGCUCUGGCUCAGCAGGUGACACAGGAGAAUUUUGAGAAGGGGCUCAUUUAUCCCCCCUUCUCGAAUAUCAGAAAGAUCUCUGCUCACAUUGCAGCCAACGUUGCAGCAAAGGCAUAUGAACUUGGCCUAGCAAGUAGACGCCCUCGGCCAAAGGACCUGGUCAAGUAUGCUGAGAGCUGCAUGUACAGCCCGAUUUACCGCAACUACCGGUGAAUCCGUGUUCAUUCCAUCUUAUGUAUAGCUACUAUUUAUAGAACUGCUUGCUGCAAAAUCCCUUAAGUUCAGUUCCAGAUGCUGUGGUUAAGCUGUGCUACCCAUUCUUUCUGUAAUAUUACCCUUCGCUACUAGUUCUGUGGUGCUUCCAUUGUGAUGUGAUGUAAAAUGACUUGGUGGCCAUAUCAGUUAAACAUUUGUAUUCUGGUUACCGUCCUUGCGGUGGAGAAAGAUAAAUUUGGAAUAAAA